AUGGAGGACAACUCGAGUGAACGUCAGGCGAAGGAGCUAUCUGUGCUGGUCGUUGGCGCGGGAAUCGCAGGUCUCUGCGCGGCGAUCGCCCUCCGUCGAGCCGGGCAUAGAGUAAAGAUCCUGGAGCGCUCGCCACUGCUCGACGAAAUCGGCGCCGCCAUCACGCUCGCACCGCACGCCGUCAAGAUCUUCCGGUCAUGGGGGCUGGACGACGCCAAAAUAGCCCAGGCCAGGCUCAUCCCCCGACUGGGCCAGACGUUCAUCGACGCCACGACGCUCGAGGAGCUGGCGCCCACGGACCGCACCGACUUCGCUGGCGUGUACGGGGCGCCGUACCUGUUCGCGCACCGCGUCGACCUGCACGCCAUGCUGCGGACGAUGGCGACGGGUCCCGACGGUCCCGGUCGGCCGGCGGAGGUGCACACGUCGCGCACCGUUGUCGAGUACGACGCGGGAAGGGGUAGCGUCAAGGUCACUGGAGAAACAGACAGUUGGGAACCCCCGGCUGACUUGGUCGUGGCGGCCGAUGGGGUGCACUCGCGGGCGGCGUCGCACGUUCUAGGCCACGACGUCGACUGUGCCGCGCACGCGACCAACAGCACGGUGAUCCGCUUCCUGAUCCCGACGCGCGAGAUUCUCCAAGACCCGCACACGGCGCCGUUGCUACGACGGUAUGGCGACGGCCACUGCUCGUUCUACCUGCACUCGGACCGCCGACGGUGGCUGGUGCGGUACCCGUGUCGGGACAACACGCUGCAGAACUUUGGCAUGUACAUGUACGUCGACGAGGAGGAGGAGGAGGAGGAGGAGCAGCAGAAUCACCGAGGGUGGACCCAGCAAUGCGGCCCUGACGACCUGCGCGCCGCCAUGACGGGAUUCCACCCGACGCUCCUCCGCCUCUGCGACAAGACUGACAACACCAUCCUGCCCCUGUGGCGGUGUGCAGAACGCGACCCCCUACCCAGGUGCCAGCGCGACAGGCUCGUCUUGAUCGGCGACGCGUGCCACCCCAUGCUCCCACACCGGGGCUUCGGGGCCAUCAACGCGAUCGAGGACGCCGCCGCGCUGGGCGUUCUCUUUGAAGACUUUGGUCUCUUCCGCGCGGGUCGAGACCGUGAGUCAACCCCAACCCCAACCUCAUCUGCGUCAUCAGUGCCGAAGUCGAUGUCUGCACCAGUAUCUGGGUCUAUCUCCACCCUCCUCGAAACCUUUGAGCACAUCCGCCUCCCCCGCGCCUCAAUCGCCCAGCUGUACUCGCAGGUCGCGACGAACAAGGACCCCACCGUUGAAAGACGGCGCGAGGCCGCGAAGCUGCUCCCGGAGGACGAGUUGCCUGGUAAGUAA